CUCAGUUCAGUUUUCGAAGGUUUUCUACUCUCUUGUCCUGCUUGAAAAAAAUAGAUUUUUCUACUUUCUUUUAAACUUUUAGUCAAGAAAACUAGUCAGUUGCCAUAACAAGAGACUUGGCUGCUAGACUGCCAAAUUUCUUGGCGUUUUCGUAAGGGUAAGCCUAGAAAACUAGCUACAUGUUUGACCCUACAACGAAGGCGGGCAAAUCUUCAUCUAUUUGUUCGUUGAAAGGGUCAGUAAAAAUAUAAAUCUCUCGUUUGGUACUUCGGCUUCAAUUACUGUUUAGACGCAAGACAUAAAAAGUAGGAAGGCUUAGCCAUGGAUUACGACCAUUUGGAUCCUGAGGGCAGCCUAAUGGAUAAAAUACAAGCUCUUAUCCAGCCUCCUCAGUCAGAGGUAACCGUUAAAAGGACCAAGAAAUCCGACAAGGAAGCGAGGAAAGUCGGACGAGCUGUAAAUCACGAUAAUUGUGAUAGUUGUGGUGAAGGAGGUGAUCUGCUUUGUUGUGAUCGGUGUCCUUGCGCCUUCCAUCUCAGCUGUUGUGAUCCACCUCUUGAGGAAGAUGACAUUCCAGAUGGUGAAUGGUUGUGCAUUGAAUGCAGACUCAAAGGAAAAGAUGAAGAAAUGAUAGAUGAAGAUGAAUGUGGGAAAGGAGGAGAAGAAAAAGAAAAUGAGAAAAAAGAAGAAAAUGAAAAUAAAGAUGACAAACCAAAGGAGACAGUGGAACCUAAGUCAACUAAAUCAGCAUCAAAACCAGAAAAUCUAUUUUCAACACUUGUUAAAAUGAGCACAGGGAAAAACCCUACAACCUUUACCCUCCCCCCAGAGUUGAAGUGUAAUACUGUGUUUCCUGGUGAUCGUAAAAGACGUGGUAGUUGUGAAGACAAGGGACCACCAUCAAAGAAUGGCAAGCGACCUUUGCCAUCAAAUGGAGAUAAUGAUGAAGAUGGGCAUGGUUUAAACAGACUCUGUUUUGCCUGUAGCAGAUCUGCACUAUUCAGUGAUCUUGUACAUUGUGACUUCUGUCCUCUGGCGUUUCACAUGGACUGCACAAACCCUCCUCUUACAACCAAGCCAGCUGGCAUGUGGAUGUGCCCCAACCAUGCUGAACACAAAGUGCCUGGYCUGAGAGACCCAAGGUUUACCAAACGAUGCCAAGCAUAUAAUGAUCUGCAAAAUAACAUCUCACAGCAUACAAUCAAAAUGAAUUUCCUUCAAAGAACUCACCGAAUUCGGGAACAUCCUGGACUUAAAACCAAGCAACGUUUACCUUCAGGAAGAAGAGCAUCUUUGGUUCCACAAGCUAUAAAAGACCAUUACAUGACACCACCUGUGACUCUAUUACCUGAGCAUGUAAGAAAGAUGCAGGAACCAUUGCCACUGUAUUCCUUACCACUUGUAACACCAACUCAAGAAGAACAAGAAGAGUGGUUGAAGUGUGUGGUGAAUUUACAAUGUGGAAUUGCUAAGCAUUUGACUCAGGCAACCUCUAUUAAACUGCCUACUCCAGUAUCGACAGCAAAUUCAAGUGAAACUCCAACACCAGUUAAAACUGAACCAUCCACCAUACCAGUCACAUCUGCAGCUACAAAUUCACUUGUAACAAGUCUUAAUAAUCUUCCCAAAGAAGUCUUUAAUGGAAUAAAAACAGAAGCGUCAAAUAGUGUUGCCAAUGCUUGCAUCAGUAGAGUUGUCACAACCACUAUUACUACAUCAAGUGGUGGGAAAACUAUUACAAAACCUGUGACAAUAUUGUAUGCAUCUCCUUCAAAGCUUCAAGCACAAAUGAAUGGACCACUGAAUGCAGCUAAAGCUAUAACAUCAUCAUCAUUGAGUUCCCAAAUUGCUGCCAUGGCGUCAUCAGGAGUUUUGAGCAAUACCAACGCAAUCACGCUUAAACAAGAAACCAAUGAUAGCAAUCACCAUGGUGAUAGUAAACAAAACCAAAUUGACACUUUGAAACUGAUCAAUGAUCUUGCUCAUUUGAAUAAUUUGAAACCAAAGACUUCUAUUGUUAAAUCUGGAACAGCUUCAGUGUCAUUGUCGACAGCUACAACUAAGCCAACUCUUUCUCUAGCGUCAUCAAUUGUUAGCGCAGUACCUGGUUCCAGUACUGGUAAACUUAAUACUAAUACACCAACUAAACUGAUCGUAUUAACUAGUAAUAACAGUAACAUUAUAAAAACUAUUGGGCUGGCUUCAAAUAAUACCACAGGACAACUGCCAGCAGGCUCACUGGUUACUUUACCAGGAAAUGUUACUACAGUUACAACUGCAUCUGGGACAGGAAGUGUGCAGAGCUCAUCUGCAAUAUCAAGUCCAGCAAGGGUUGUACAAGGUGGAGUGCCUACAACGUUAGCUACUGCUAAUGCUAUUAAUAGUAUUUGUGCAGCAUCAGGAAUGGAUGCGUUUAAUGAAUUAAAUAAACUUGAUUCAAGACUCAUUCAAGUCCUUGCGUUUCAAAGACUUCAGCAGCUUCUCACUCAAGCCAAGCCUGUUCCACCAAGUCCUGUGGCAUCAAGGAAAAUAACUUUCAAUGGACUCAAAGAACCCAUCUCACCUCAUCUCACUGUGACGCCUGGAAGAUCAAUAGCUGUUCUGUGUCCACUGACAGGAACUGGUCCAGCAAUGCCAAUGGUUCAUAAAUGUCUUUCUUUAGGAAGAGGUAUUGAUACUGAUGUCUGCCUACAGCACUACAGUCACUGUAACUUUGUAUCAGAAAAACACUGCUGCAUAUUCUAUGAUGAGACAUCAAAUCAAUAUGAACUGAUUAAUUACAGCGAGCAUGGCACAUACGUUGACAAUGUUCUGUACUCAUGUGACUUCUCAGACAAGCCAUCACACAGUGUAACUUCAUCCAAAGACCUUGACCCAAAAAAGGUCUCAAAAUCAAAACUUAUUUCAUCAGCUGAAUCCAGAAAAGGUUCUAAAGUCGCUCGUAGAACUGUAGGAUUUGGUGUCCAAAAGAUUUCUAAAUCUUGUAACUGUACAACUAGCAGUUCAAAUUUAAUAGGAAGCAGUGGUGCAGGCUGGGAAGGCACAGCACUGUUGCACCAUGGGAGCUACAUUAAGUUGGGAUGCCAGCAGUUUGUUUUUAGUAUAACUAACCAAGCAAGCAAGUCAUUUUCAAAACCAUUGAAUGCUCAACCUUCAACUAGUAAAGUCACAGCGUCAACAUUAUAGUCAAAUCCAAUUUUAUUGACUUGCAGAUUAUUUUUGUAAGAAAAGAGUAUUUUAUGUAUUAUUUCUCGUGAAUUUACACGUGAACAAUUUUAUUGGUAAGCUUUUGAAUCUUGAAUAGGGAUAUUCUUAUAUAUCAAAAUCAUGUAAAUUAUUGUCAAUAUGUACUAUAUUUAUUAUACCAAAAUAAUGCCCUUUUCAAUAUUCAAAUUUGUGCUCAGCAUUGAAUUAAUGAAAGUCUUUCAUUAUAAAGGGCUUAAAACUGGUGAUUAAGAUUUAAGUUCUCCUUUAGUGACAAUAUUGUUGGGAGAAUUUUGUAAUUGAUCGCAACUAUUUUAAACUUUUUAUUAAUGUAUAUAUAGCCCUUUAGAAACAAAGGCACUUGUGAAUAAAUAAAAUUAUAAACAUA